UCUCCGCUCCUUGUAAUUUGAAUUCUCUCUCUCUCUCUCUCUCUCGGGGAGAAGAGAACGGAAACAAAUCUCACCACGCGGAUCGUGUAGGCCGAAUUGGGUUGGGUUCAGGUCUAGGAGUAAAUCUCCCCCUCCGGAAACAUCAAUGGAGAACGGCAACAACAGCCUGAGCGCCGUAUCUCGGGAGAAGCUGGAUCAGGUGGCGACAUGGGUCAGCAUCGCCGUCGUCUCCGCCUUCUUCUCCUCUCUCGAGCGAUGCUCCUGCGUCAACCUCACCACCACCGAUCUCGACGACGAAGAAGAUGUCCAUUUCGACCCCAAUGGACGUCCUCUCACCCUCUCUCGCGACAUGGUCUGACUCCGCCCAUCUCCCCCACCGUAGAUUUUGUUUAUUCUGGAUUCCUCGCUCGGUAACGUCUUCCACGAUUCGCGAUGUUAUUGGCUAGGGAUUUCUUCGUCAUUGUCGCUGUUGACCUUGGUGUGUGAUUCUUUUAUAUGUAACCGGAAUUUUUCCGAAUGAAAAUUCGUCUUGCCUCGUCGCGUGCGAUUCAUUCGGGAUCCGAAUCCUGCAUUUGAGGUUUUGAUAACGUGAAACCGAGCAAUCAUGUGGUACGAUUCAUUUGCCGUAUGGUAUGAGAUGUUGUGUUCUUCAUCCUCUCCAUUUCCUACAAGCUGUCUCACAUUGUCUUAGUGUCCAAUUGUGUUCACCUCAAUGCUAAAUUACAUGUGUUCAUAAUA